CCCUGAUAGAAAUGGACGCAUUUGUUCUCGUAAUCUUAUGCGCUUUCCUGGCUAUCGAUAGAACUUUAGCGUUCAGCGUUUGUAAGGUUUUCUUCAAUGAAGCUGUUUCCAGUACUGGGACUUACGAUGUAACCUUCAAUGAUACUCCUUUUUGUAAGUACCUCGGCUUUCGGUACGCUCAACCACCUGUUGGAGAAAACCGAUUCCAGGAUCCCAUAGGACUACAUCCAAGCGGACAUCAGGAUCACACUGUCUAUGGACCGAUUUGCCCUCAGAUAGAUGAUCACUACCCAUUGACUUGGGGUCAACCGACCGAUGAGGAUUGUUUGUUUCUGAACAUCUACACUCCGAGCAUCCCCAACCUGAAUGGAACCAAGUUUCCCGUUCUCGUAUUCAUUCACGGAGGUGGCUUCAAUGUGGGAUCUUCGACAAGUGAUCUCCCAGGAGUUGAUGCAAUGAUCGAUUCAGGAAUCGUUAUAGUGACCAUGAAUUACCGUUUGUCAGUUCAAGGAUUCCUUUCGUACCCACCUUUCAAUGUUUCCGGAAAUUUUGGACUCAAAGAUCAACAGGUGGCACUGCAUUGGGUGAAUCAAUUCAUCGAAAACUAUGGUGGAGAUCCUACGAAAAUUACGCUCAUGGGUCAUAGUGCAGGAGCUGCAUCUGUCACAUAUCAUAUGUAUUCAACAGGUUCCAGAGGUCUCUUUCAGCAAGCCGUUGUAGAGGCAGGAUCGAUGCUUGCUCCUUGGGCAUUCCACUACUCAAAUAAUCUGUUUCACAACGAAUACGUCCAUUCUUUAGGUGUUUCUUCCUUAAGGGAGCUUCAAAGUAUAAACUACCAGAAACUGUUCAACCGCAAAGCAACGCAACGCAGUAGAAAGUUUGCUCUUUUUAAUUUACCACAUUUUGUACCAGUCAUGGAGAAUGGCAUCUCAAGAAAUCCUUUUCUCUCCAGAACACCAGUUCAACUAGUUACAACCAAACCAAUUUCCGACGUUCCAUUGCUUAUUGGUCGCACUUCAAUGGAAUUCGGUUUAUACUUCCCGCCAGCACAGAAAUUCAAAAUGGGUGAAGUAUUUCCCAAUUUCAAUGAUAAAAAGCGGCUUCAGUCCAUAGAAGACAAAAUCAACCAAGAAAUGAAACGUUCCAGCGACCCCAAAUUUUUAAGGAAAUUAGCAAAUCUUGCUUACAUGCACAGCCCUCUCGAUAUGUUUGGAGCAAUGUUGGCAUCCAGGGAAGAUCGCCGUUCUCCGAUGUAUAAAUUGAUAUUCGAGUUUGAUGGCAGAUUUGGUGCGCACAAAAAUAACUUCAAUAAGGUUUAUUUGGAUGACGAAAGCUAUGGAGCUGUUCAUGGCGAUGAGCUGGGAUACUUAUUUACGCCUUAUAAUGUGCAGGAAGCUUUGCGCAAUCGCAGUCAGUUUGAAGACGAGUGGGCUGUUUAUGGAAGGAUGUCUCGGUACUUGGCGAAUUUUGUCAAACAUGGAAAUCCAACCCCUCCAACUAUUGCAAAUGAUUUGGAAUGGCCAAUGUAUAACGCUCGUGUUGCUAAUCGUCAGUACGUAAAUGUUGAUCUGGGUGAUUCUAUCAGAGAGGAAGACGAUGACGAUCCAGUGAAGCAGCUAUGGGAGAAAGUUUUUAGUUGUCUUUAUUUUUUUCAAUGUGAUUUGCUUUAGCAAUUGCUCAUCUGGAU